UGGCAACUGAGGCCCGCGUGUUGCGAUUGUGAUGCCACCGGGUGAGCCCGAGCUGAAACGAGAAUGAUCGUGGGCUCCGGUUCUAUUUUGCGAUGAAAACUCGCUUUGCGUUACAUACGACUAAUUUUAAGGGGUAACCACACAUCUCGAUUCAGGUCUUAGUACGUAAUCGGGGACCAUAACUCACAUUGGUCUCCCCUUCACGCAAUGGAUUUCGAGAGUCCCGAUGUUGAAAAGGAUUUCCCGGGACUCUACGCUUCCGAAGCAGCUGGAAAAGGUCAAGAUAGAGAGAAUGACUACACUGAUGAGGAGAAAGUAUCUAAAAAGGAGCUACUGAUCGGAAAACUGAAAGACAAGAAAGAGAAGAAAGAUAAAGGCUAUGUUGCAUUUGAAGGGGAGAGCUCUGAAGAAGAUGCUGAUGACUGCAAAGGCAAGGGGAAGAAAAGCAAGGCACCAUUUAAGUUCCCAGGCAAAGAGAAGAGAGAAAAGUCUCUGAAGAGCAAGAGCAAGGAUGACUCUUCACGUUCCAAGAAAGACUCUCAUAAGGAUGUGUCCCAAUCCAAGAAAGGCACUGAAAAGGAAAAGGGGAUCAAAGAGCAAAAGAAGAAGGAAAGCAAAGUGAAGAUAGGCAAGAAAAAGAAGAAGCUCGACAACGUAGCAGAGAAUCCUAUUUUUGGAGUGCCUUUGUCGGUAGCUGUGGAGAGAAACCCUAGCCAUGACGGCAUUGAACUUCCAGCUAUUGUGAGGGAGUGCAUAGACUAUAUCGAGGAGCAUGGUCUGAUGUGCGAGGGCAUCUAUCGACUGUCGGGGGUGAAAUCUAAAGUGCAGCAGCUGCGAGCUGCCUAUAACCGUCAGGAAAGCGUGUGCCUUAGUGAACAUGAGCCUCAAGUGAUUGCCACCCUUCUCAAGCAAUUCCUCAGGGAAUUGCCUGAGCCUGUGCUUACUAACGAGCUGUCUGCCAAGUUUGAAGUAGCCGCAGCUAUUAAAGAUCAAGCAAAGUGUAUAGAGGCAGUCCAGAAACUGAUUGAUCAGCUGCCAGUUUCUAACAGACUACUCCUGUCCUGGGUGUUUGUUCACAUGAGCAACAUAAUUUCAAACGAAAACCACAACAAGAUGAACCUUCAGAAUGUCUUUAUUGUGCUGGGGCCAAGCAUGCAAAUCAGUCACAAAGUCCUGAAUGCUCUGUUCACUCAUGGAGGUGUCUUUUUCAAAGAUGUGCAGCUUAAGAGGUAUGUAAAGAAAAUUCAUCCUGACUCGUCUCGACAGUCACUGGAACUACCAGAGACUCCGGCAGCUAUUGAAGAAGAGCUGAGUCAUCAGGAGCAAGUAUUGAGUGAGAUUCACACACAGCUCAAUGCAGGCCUCAGAGACCCUCAGAAAGAGGAACAACUCUGGGAAGUACAGCGUGUUGUAACACAACUGAAGCGCAAGCUUCGUGUUUUAAAACAAGUAAAAAAGCCUCCUGUGGAAUCUUCAACAAAGGACUCCAUAGAAUAUAUUGACACUAGACUUCAGCAACCGAUUACAAUGCAAAAAGGUGAAGCAGUGACAAGCACACAAGCAACUUGUGCCUCAAGUGCGUCUGUGCCUGUGGAAGGGGACAAACGGACCUCAGACAGCAGUGCUGUGAUCAGUGAAAGAGUGCAGUCGACAGCAACAGAAGCUGUACCAGUGGAUGUGAAGGCAGCUUUGAAGAAUGCAGAUGUAGAAAGGGCAGUUCUAGUCAAGGAAGAUGAUGUUGUUGGCAGUGGAGAGAUGCAUGCAACUGGUGAUCUCAAGCUGGAACCCCCAGCAAAGGAUGAUGAAAAUGGUGAUGUAACUGACGUAGCGGGAGCAGCUAAUGACACAGAGAAGGAGGACACUGCGCAGCUUGCACCUAUUGAGCAACAAAAGGAAAAAGAGAGACUAUUCCCACCUGCAAAGCAGGAGGAAACAGAUCCUGAACUGCAGCAUCUGAGGUGUGAGCAGGAGGUGCUCAUCUACCAGCAGGAGGAGCUACUUUCCCUGGGUGACGAGCUGCGACGGAAGAUUGCUGCAGAGAAGAGUGAAAUUGAACGUCUCAGGAGUGAGAUCACGGAAUAUCAGAAACUAGCAAAAUACAAACAGUAUUCUGUUGAUUCUGGUGAACAUAGCAGCUCUGGCUCAGAAAGCAGUGAGAAUGAACAGGAAGAGGAUCUGAAGAAGACGUUGGCACGUCUUAUGAAAGAAAAUGAAGCUCUUUCCUUACAAAUUUCGAAUGUUAGUCAGAGGAUCCUGGAGCAGCGGGAAGCUUGCGUCGACAUCAAAGUCAGAAUGAGAGCCCUGCAGAACGAAGCGAAGCUUUUCAGGGCAUGAUUAUGCAUACGUAGCUGAUUGCCCCACAGGACCUGUACUGCCAAACCUAAACUGUAAAAAUUCAUUUUAAGUUCC